AUGCAUACUGCUGAUUUCCUUGAAGUUCAAGAUACUGCUAUUUCUUCCAUACUUGCCGGUGGUUACAACCACCCUUUGUUAAGGGAGUGGCAAAGUGAGAGACAAUUAACUAAAAAUAUGUUUGUAUUCCCAUUGUUCAUCUCUGAUGACGCUAAUGAAGAGACUCCUAUUGAGUCCCUACCAAACAUUAAGAGAUUCGGUGUUAAUAAGAUAGUCGAUUAUUUGAAACCUUUAGUUGCCAAGGGUCUAAGAUCUGUCAUCUUAUUCGGUGUUCCAUUAGAUCCUGCGGCUAAGGAUCCCGUCGGAACAUCUGCUGAUAAUCCUAAAGGACCAGUCAUUAUGGGGAUUAAGACUUUAAGAGAAGCAUUCCCUGAAUUAUAUAUCAUGUGUGAUGUCUGUUUGUGUGAAUAUACUUCUCAUGGCCAUUGUGGUAUUCUAUAUGACGAUGGUUCAAUCAAUAGAGAACGUAGUGUCUCUAGAAUUGCUGCAGUGGCAGUUAACUAUGCUAAAGCAGGUGCAAAUUGUGUUGCUCCAAGUGAUAUGAUCGAUGGCCGUAUUAGAGAUAUCAAACACGGUUUAAUUCAAGCAGGUUUAGCCCAUAAGGUAUUUGUUAUGUCUUACUCUGCUAAAUUCAGUGGUAAUCUUUAUGGACCCUUCCGUGAUGCAGCACAUUCUUCACCAUCUCAAGGUGAUAGAAAGAAUUAUCAAUUACCUCCAGCAGGUAGAGGUUUAGCAAGAAGAGCAUUAGUAAGAGAUAUGCAAGAAGGUGCAGAUGGGAUCAUUGUAAAACCAUCAACUUUUUAUUUGGAUAUAAUGCGUGAUGCUAGUGAAUUAUGUGAUAAUUUACCUAUCUGUGCAUACCAUGUCUCUGGUGAAUACGCUAUGUUACAUGCAGCUGCAGAAAAGGGUGUAGUGGAUUUAAAGACUAUUGCAUUUGAAGCUCAUCAAGGUUUCUUAAGAGCAGGUGCACGUAUCAUUAUCUCAUACUUCACUCCAGAAUUUUUAGAAUGGUUAUCCCAAUAG